AUGCCUGUAACUGUGCGACAAGAGAACCGCGAGAUUGCCUGCUCAGCGCUUCUCGACUCCGGAGCCACAGGACUAUUUAUAGAUUGGGAUUGGGGCAAGAAGCAAGGCUUCAAGUUCACAAAGAAGGAACACCCCAUUACAGUAUUCAACGUGGAU